UAUUCUUUAUGAUAUUUCUGAGACUAUUCAGUGGUCUUCUAAAAUGCACCCAGCAGAAUGGAAAAUGUAUCCUCUAAAUGACUGGCCAACCUUAGCACAUGGACAGUGUCACCUCUUACACACAGCCACUAAAAACUAAACACUAAAACCAGUCUUCUUGGGUAAAGAUUUCUAAGAUGGAAAAUUUAAGCAGCAAGAUGUGUCAAGUUGUAGACAUUGGCCAGGAAAAAGCCAGGAGCAGCCAGGCAGGGGAGAGUGUGCAUCCAGCGUCCUCCUGUGUGAUGAAGGGAUGACACCUCGUCCCUCUGGGCUGUCAGCUUUUACUGCUCCAGAAUACAGAUCUCCUGAUUCAGUGUCCAGUGCCUUUUGAACUGACCUCAGGCCCUCAUGGACGACUGGAACUGUAAUGUGGAAAGGGCUAUGAUGGAGCCAGUUAAAAUGCUUCAUUAUUUGCAAAAUACCACAUACAGUAAUACGAUAUAGAUGUCUUCCCCUUCUCCACUAAGUAGCAUAAAUUAAGACUUUAGAGAGGAAGUGUGCCUUUUUCAUGUCGUAUCUGAGUCAGUGAGUAUCCUGUUUGGAAACAGGCUUCAUCCUGGUUUUCUGGAGUGCCGAGUCGGGGUGGAAAGGAGGACCGGGGGCUCAGUCCUUCCUUGCCCCUUGGGCUGCCCUUCAGGGUUAAGUAGAGAGUCUCAGCUGAGCUCCCUGGAUGCACAGGGGCACCUGGGAACAUAAGAAGGGGAACAGUUUGCAAGGGGAAGUUUAAAUUACUGUCCCCCAUAGCAUCUGUUCCUUCAGGACACUAACCCUCUGCAUCUGUGUCUUCUGUGUCACCAGUGGCCAACAGUGUUGCAAACAGGAACCCGAGGUUUUCACUUCACUGUUGAUGGGAACAAGAGGGCAUCUGCUAAAGUUUCAGAUUCCAUUUCUGCUCAGUAUCCAGUAGUGGAUCAUGAAUUUGAUGCAGUGGUGGUAGGCGCUGGAGGGGCAGGCUUGCGAGCUGCAUUUGGCCUUUCCGAGGCAGGGUUUAAUACAGCAUGUGUUACAAAGCUGUUUCCUACCAGGUCACACACUGUUGCAGCGCAGGGAGGAAUCAACGCUGCUCUGGGGAACAUGGAGGAGGACAACUGGAGGUGGCAUUUCUAUGACACCGUGAAGGGCUCCGACUGGCUGGGGGACCAGGAUGCCAUCCACUACAUGACAGAGCAGGCUCCCGCCGCCGUGGUCGAGCUGGAAAAUUACGGCAUGCCGUUUAGCAGAACUGAAGAUGGGAAGAUUUAUCAGCGUGCAUUUGGUGGACAGAGCCUCAAGUUUGGAAAGGGCGGGCAGGCCCAUCGGUGCUGCUGUGUGGCUGAUCGGACCGGCCACUCACUAUUGCACACCUUAUAUGGAAGGUCUCUGCGAUAUGAUACUAGCUAUUUUGUGGAGUAUUUUGCCUUGGAUCUCCUGAUGGAGAACGGGGAGUGCCGUGGUGUCAUCGCACUGUGCAUAGAGGACGGGUCCAUCCAUCGCAUAAGAGCAAAGAACACUGUUGUUGCCACAGGGUAGGACUCUAAUUUCUACUUAUUUCAUUUAUAAAAAUGAAUAACUUUCAUUUAGAGUUUCUUU